CACGGCUCAGCUGUUGCGGGGCGGGGCCUUCGCAGAGCAUGGCAGCGGGCGAGGUUGAGAGUGGUAAGAACCUGAGCGGGCUGCUGAAUGCGCUGGCCCAGGACACUUUCCACGGGUACCCUGGCAUCACAGAGGAGCUGCUACGGAGCCAGCUGUAUCCAGAGGUGCCACCCGAGGAGUUCCGCUCCUUUCUGGCAAAGAUGAGGGGGAUUCUUAAGUCUAUUGCGUCUGCAGACAUGGAUUUCAACCAGCUGGAGGCAUUCUUGACUGCUCAAACCAAAAAGCAAGGUGGGGUCACAUCUGACCAAGCUGCUGUCAUUUCCAAAUUCUGGAAGAGCCACAAGACAAAAAUCCGUGAGAGCCUCAUGAACCAGAGCCGCUGGAAUAGCGGGCUUCGGGGCCUGAGCUGGAGAGUUGAUGGCAAGUCUCAGUCAAGGCACUCAGCUCAAAUACACACACCUGUUGCCAUUAUAGAGCUGGAAUUAGGCAAAUAUGGACAGGGUGAUCUGUUCCAAGACCCCCAGUGGAUGCCUGAAUCCACAGGUAGUACCAAACCUUAUAUGUACUGUUUUUUCCUAUACAUACAUGUCUUUGAUUAAGUUUAAUUUAUAAAUUGGGGGAUGCAGUAAAAAACUGACAACAAUAAUGAUGAAAUAGAACAAUUAUUACAAUAUGCUAUAUUAGAAGUUAUGUGAAUGUGGUCUCUUUCUCUCUCAAAGUAUCUUAUUGUACCAGACUCACCUACUUUCGGGCCACAGUUGACUAUGGGUAACCAAAACCACAGAAAGCGAAACCAUGGGUAAAGGGAGACUACUGUAUUUUUUGUUUUUACUGUGCAAAAAGUAAAGGUAGACCUAGGAUCUUCUUCAA